AUGACCAAUAAGGAUGGGAUAGUGCUCAAGGCUCAAGCACAAUUAGAUCAGCUAACACAGAAGACCUGGGAUACGAUAAUGUUCCUUACUGUUUUCAGUAACCUGGGCACCUGGUGCCUGUUGAUAGCAAUGGCACAAGAGAGCUGGAAACAAGAGUCCGAGGAGACUGGAGUCCACGCCCCUGAGGCCCCAAUUCUGUGCAUAAACAAUUGUGGCUUCUUCGGCAGCAGCAUGACAAACAAUAUGUGCUCGAAGUGCUAUAGGGACUUCAUCAAGUUGAUGGAAAACCCUGCGGUGGAGAAGAAGUUGAUCAUAGGGCCAUCAUCCUCUGCGGUGCCUCCACUAGAGGCAGCAAAGCGAGACGAUGCGACCGCCGCCGCCGCUGCUGCCGAAGCCGUAGCUGUAGACAACAGGCAAGCAGCACAGGAGGAGCCCCCAAAGCCGCCGAGCAACCGGUGCCUGACCUGCCGCAAGAAGGUCGGGCUGACUGGCUUCCAGUGCCGCUGCGGCGGGACCUUCUGCUCCAUGCACCGCUACACGGACUCCCACCAGUGCACCUUCGACUACAAGACGGCGGCCAGGGAGCAGAUAGCCAAGCAGAACCCCGUCGUGAUGGCCGAGAAGAUCAACAAGAUCUGA